GGCGCCGUCACGUGAUCUCCCAUGGCAACCGGCGAGUGUCAUCGGUUCCGCUCCGAGAGAAGUGCCGCGCGAGGACUAACUCACUUAUUCUGACUUUGACCGAUGCCGUUGUUUGUCCUCUGCCGCCUUCGACGGGAGCCAUGAGUCACCUCAGCGCAGGACUUAUUUCUGCCUACAACAGUCUCACAGACAGACACCUGGCCGGAUACUUCAGCAACACUCGCAUCAGGAGACACCUGCAGAGAGCAGGACUGAUCACCAGGAGCGGGCGCAUCGUUCCUGACAAGGAGUACCGACACGCGCUGAUCCAGAGAGCCCACCAGAGACACGUCCGAGAAUGCCUGGCCCAGGCCAUCUUCCACAAGGUCCUGGAGAUGGAGCGAGUCCAUCAGAUAGAGAUCAAAAGGAAGCUGGAGGAGUUCGCCAGGAGGGAAAGAGUGCAUAAGAUCAAAGUGGAGCGCCCCAAAAGGUACGAGGAAGACAUCGUCCGCAUCCUGUCCCCACGGCCCCCCGCGGCCGCAAAGUGCGGCCCAAAGCAGCACUCCGGGCCAGAGGGCGAACACUCCGAAUCCUCCGAGUCCCCGGGCUCCUCUCGACCCAACACGGCUCCGGGGAAGAUGCAGAGGCCGGUGCGCCUGAAGCCGAUCCGCAGCAGCGGCCGACUCCUGCAGUCGUCCAAUGAGAGCGACCGGCCGCUCAACUGCACCGUGGACAAGGCGCCCCGGAGACGCGUGACCACAGCGGAGGUCUCCCAUGGCAUCUCCCCCUACUGCCUCCCGGCCAUCAACAACUUUGUCACCCCGGUGCCCCCGGCCACCAGGAGGAAGGAGAGGGCGGGGGCGAAGGUCACGGCGAGCGGCGCGCUCAGAGGCCGCAGACUGCGUCCCACCACGGCGUCCAGCGGGCCCGACGCCACAGAGGACCCCCCCGUGCUGCGGAGCUCUGUGCACCAGAGCAAAGUAUGUGUGAACAUGAUCUACUUCGGCAAAGCGGUGCAUCUCUCCCACGACCUGACCGACGCGAGGGACGAGGUCAAAGUGUUCCAGCAGCACUGUGGAGGAGAGAACCUCUGUGUUUUCAGGGGACGGCUCCGCGAGGGAGAGACGUUCCAGUUCGUUUCCAGGCGACACCGAGGUUUCCCCUUCAGCUUGACUUUCUUCCUGAGCGGGCUGCAGGUGGAGCGGCUGAGCUCCUGCUGCGAGUUCAAACACAGGAAGGGCCCGAGACUCGGCGGCCGCCACGGGCACUUUGGCUUCUGCGGCGUGGAGGGAGCGUCCCCCUGCUACAAGUGCAUUAUAGCCAUGGGGUUGGACAAGAAGCCCACUCCUCCACCAAGGAGGGUCGAAGAAGACACCCGGGGCGGGGAGGAGUCGGCCUCCAGCCUCGGGGACGCUCCACGGACGGAGACGGAGAGGACCGCGGACGCCGAGACUCGAGCGGGCGAGGGAGCGGACGCCGGGGGGGGCAAAGUCGGAGAGGAUUACGAGGAGGACUUUGAGGCAGACGGCGAGGGCCCCCCAGGGGACGUCGAGGCAGAAGCGAAGAAAUCCUCCUCCCCGGCCGACGAGGGAGACGCCUCCGAGACCGAGGACGACGAGAGAGAUGAGGAUACGAAGUCGAAUUCCGGCUCCGGCACCUCGCAGAGCGACGCCGAAGCCACCAAAGACUCCGGAGAGGACGAUCGGGAGGAGGUGGCCGCUCCGGCGGGUGGAACGGACGACGGGCCGAAGGGACACGGAGCCGCCGCCGCGCUCAAAGACGGCGGCGGGGACGGCGCGGGGGGGGGGGAGGCCUACGACGCCGGGAGCGAAGACCCCUCGGGGGACGGACAGGUGGAGGAAACGGUGGAGGAGGGCAAAGGGGAGGAACGGGAGAGAGCCAAAUCUGUGCAGGAGAAGCUGGCAGAAGCCAUAUUUAAGGAGUCCCAGUGCAGCUCGGAGCCCGAACUGAGCGACACCAGCACCGAGGAGGAGGAGGAGGAGGAGGAGUCCACCGAUAAAGGCCCCGAAAAGGACAGCAAGGAUGCAUUUGCAGUGAAAUCUGUGACACUUUCAGAGCAGCAACCGGCCCUUCAAGAGGAGACAGCGCGCGAGGAAGGUGUUGUUGGUGAAAACCAAGAGACGCCCCAGGGGAUCAGUGAGGUCACGAGAGAUGAGAAGGUCAAGGAGGAAAAGGACAAAACCUCGGCAGAGAACACUAAACCGGAGCACACCGAAUACACGGCGCUGCAUCCGAUAUCUGAAGAGGCAAUCAGUGAGGAUCACCAGGCUUACGCACCUCGAGGAGAUGCUGCAGCUAGAUCCGCUGAAGGGGAACCUGCGGAGAACAACGAAGGCAACGAGGAGACGGGGCGAGCAACAAAGAGCGGCGAGGCCCAUGAGUCAUCGGUGUCAGAGCCGGGCGUAAGCACCGAAGUGACUGAUGAUGCGGAGGCGGGGGCGACGGCGGCGAGCGAGACAAUGGAGAUGAAAGCGGAGCCCUCGGAGGAGCGAGAGGCCCUCAGCUGUGAGGAGGCACCUGUGGCCGCAGUCACGGCGGAGAUCUCAAGCGGUUCCCUCGAGGGGAGCGGAGACGCCGCGGUUGACGAAGCAGCGGCGGAAGCGGCGAGUGAGGACGGCGCAGAAGACGAGAGCACCAGCGCCGAUGCUCAAGAGGGGGAAGCGUCACCAGCGGAAGGCAGAAGAGACGUAAACAAGCAACGCGGCGGUGAUCUGGGAGAAGAGCUGACAGAGAGAAACUCAGGUGAUGAUGAUGAUGAUGAGCCAGAGGAGGAACGCGAAGAGGGAGGAAAGCCAACAAAUCCAGUGGAGAAAACGGAAGGUGGAAACGGAGAGGAAAGCGACGAGGAUAAAAAUGAGAUGGAAGAAGAAGACGAAGAAGAAGAAGAGAAGGAUGAGAGUAAGACAGAAGAAAAGAUUUCCGAGUGGGCCAAAAGCGACUCAAACGCUGAGGGAAACGCGGAUGAAGAACAAGCUGAGGGAGACCGCAGUGAAGAAGAAGGCAAGGCUGCAAAUGAAGAGGAGGCAGAGGAAUCCGAAAGGACAGAGAGAGACGAAGGUGGCGAGAACAAUAAGGACGAGGAGGACUCUGUAGAAAAGCCAGACGCAACUGAUGAAACUAACGAGUGUGAAACGAUAACCGCCGAUGAAGGAAAAGGUGGAGAAGCAGAUAAGGAGGAGAAGGCGGAGAAUAAAGAUGACGAAGAAUCUGAGGAGAAAAAAGUUGUAACUGAUGAGCCUGCUGAAGGAGAAGAAAUAUCUGAGAUUCCAGAGGAAUCUGAGAAGAACGCAGACUUGGAUGAGGAUAAUGUGAAAAUAUCUGAUGAACAUAUUGCCGAGUCGGAGGCGCCAAAUGACGCAGAGGAGGCUGAAGAUGUCAUCAAAGAAACCGAGGGAGGAAGCGACCACAGUGAAAAGGCACAACGUGACGUUGAAAACGGGGAAAAGUCUGCCAGAGCAGAGGACAGCGCCCAAACUGAGGCCGAGGGUGACGAGGACACCUCGGACGGGAGAAGAACCGAGGAACCCACAGCGGCACCUGAGGACUCUGGAGAUGGCCCCGAGGAAGGCGAAGGAGACAACGUUCAUGUGGAUGUCGGACGAAGUGAGGCAGAGGAAGAGAAGGCUGGUGUGGAAAAGCGAGAACAAUCCACCGAACAAAAGGACGGUGACACGAAACCGGAGGAAAGCGUUUCCGUCCCUGGAAACCAAGUCGGAGAUUCAGAUUUGAUGGAAAGCAGCGACGACCAGCAGCAGAGGAAUGCCGGGGAGGACACGGUUGCUUCUUCGGCUGGCCAGGUGCAACCUUCGCCGGACGCCGCUGUGGAUCCAGACGACUCCCCGCACGAGUCAGACGAGUCCAGCGCACCUUCUGACGCCAGAACCGACGGGCACCCGCCCCCCGACGAAGCAACAGACCUCUCCGGUGCCGACGGAGACAACGGAGCAGACACCGAGGAGGCGAGCAAGGCCUCGGAGGAAGGGGCGAGUGUGCUGCUCAGACCUCAGGCCGAAGAGGAAAAGGAGGAGAGCGGCGGCCCGCAGGCCCCGGCGAGAGGAGACAACGCCGAUCUGGUCACAAACUGGGUGACCAUGCAUCAGGCGUCGCGGUGCUUCGAGACCUUCGUCGAGCCCUUGGAGGACUUGAGCGGAUCAAGCCCACUCCAGGCGGAGGGGGCGCCCGAGGGCGCCCGGCAAGACGGCGUCAACGAGACAAGGGACAAAAGCGAGGGGGACACUGUGGCGUCAAACGUGGAGAGCGACCCCUCCGAGGAGGGAGACGGACGGCGAGUGGACGGGGGGACCGCGGGCAGGACGUGAGGUCAGAGGGCCACGGGGGGCGCGGGGGAUCCGCAGGCUCUCGGCGGUCCGUCACCGGCGGAGGACCCGAGAGCGUCUCCCGGGACCGAACCGAGGAGGCGACGGGCGACGAUGGUCCAGGCAAA